AUGUCGUUCUACUCGUCUAUUGUACUAACUAUGGUCUCAGUCGUCGCAUUGGUUGUGAACCUUUACCUCCUCAAUUGCUCACGUUAUCUUCGCAGACCAAUCGGUGUGAAUCUGCGUUUAUGUGUAAGUCUGACUGCGUCAGAUGCUCUUUGCGCUUUUUUCUACAUUCUCACCUACAUGAUCAAUGUCAUCUUACCCAACAUAUUUUCAAACUGUUGGUCACUGUUGCUUGAAGUUUUCAAGCUGGCGACAUUCUUUGCUUCUGUUUUCACACUGUUAGCUUUGGCCUUGAAUCACUAUAUUGGAAUCGUGUACCCACUUCAUAGGCAUGUGAUAACUCCGCAGAGCGUACGGUGCGCCAUUGCAUUAGCAUAUCUCGUGCCAACUACAGUAUUUCUAGUUAUGUUUAGUACGUUACCUGGUGGUUUUCGAGCUCCCAUACCUUUCGCAUUCUUUUCCAAAGAUGGCUGCAAUGGUGGAGGAAUACUAAGAAAUAUAGUGGUGAGAUGGGUGCUGGUGGCCCCUUUUAUCGUUUUCGUGCUAUUAAUCUCAUUCCUCUAUCUGCACAUUCUUUUGCACAUGCGCAAAGUUGCAGAGGAUCCGCUUCUGAAGAGGAAGAAGACAAAAAGAACAACGAACCGCAAGCUGCUCGUCACUUUAUUGCUACUUGCUGGAUCAGCUUGUUUAGGCUGGCUUCCGACUACUGUGCUUUUUGUUCUCAUAUGUGAUACCUGCCUCUUUCAACUUCCACUUCGCGCGACUAUGUAUCUGAGAAUUCUAAGCCACUUGCUCAAUGUACUAAAACUUAUCGCAGAUGCAUUUAUUUAUGCCAGUCGGCUAGUAGAAAUUCGUUACGCAAUGUGGAUCUUUCACUCACAACUUUACCAGAAGCUCUGCAGCUUAAUAGGAUGGAAACAUGUGUUAAAACCUAUGCCACCUGAAUUUUCAAAAUACCUUAGCGAGACGAAAGAGCACCGAUCAGUUCGGAGAUCAGAUUGCAGCCGCAGAACCUUUUCAGGUGGUUCAUCUCUAAAGCGGAGUUCGGUGGGUUCACGCGAAGUCGCAUCGGCCACUAGAACUUCUCCUGCAAAUCAUUUUCUCAAAGGCAGGACAAUAUCCGUUCGACAGGCCGCGGAGCACUUAUAAACAGGGUUGAGCGUGGGGUCAGGUGCGCCCGACCUGGGGGGUCGUACAGGGGGUAAGAGCGGGUGGAGGACUAUAUGUCGCCGAAUUUGGAAGAGUCCCGCGCGGAUUUCCUGCA